UAAUUUGAUUUGCAUAUACUGGUCAGUGUCCAUGUUUUUAUAUCUCCGUCGGUAAAACAGAUUCGCGGCAUUUGUAUAAUUUGAAAUUUUUGUCCACUCUAUACAUGCAAUAUGGUUCGUGUAUGUAAGUACGUACAAUGUGAAAAUUGUAACAAAAGUAUUAUUCGAGCAUUAUUAUUUUGACAACUGGUGUAAAGUGAAUUAUAAUAUUAAAUAGAUUGAUGUUAUUAAUCUAAAUGUUUUACAAUAUAUGUAGAUGCAAGUGAGAAACAGGUUACAUGCAUUCAUAUGCGUGUUAAUCUAUCAAAUUAUAAUUUACAACCUCUCUAAUUUUUGUCUUUGACAAAAAAAAGAAAACUGUCAAUCAUGUCUAAGGCAUUAAAUUCAUAUAACAGUUUUGAACAAUUAAAAGAAAAAGCACACGUCAACUAUGCAGGAAAAAGUUUUUCAGCUAUAUAUGAGAGGCUUCCUCAGAUGUAUAGGAUUGCUCAAGAUAGUUUAGCAGAAGGAGAUAAAGCUAAAGCAUUUAUAUUUUUAACAAGAUGGUUAGAUGGUAUGAAAUGGUUAAAAAGUAAAGAUUUGAAAUUUGAUGCACGGAAGAACAAUGCUGAUUUGAUGAAAAAUGUUGAACAAACAAUAAAAAGUUUGACGGAGCAAUUAAAAGCGGAACAUAGUCAAAAAUUAAAAAAGGCAUUCCUUAAUAGAGAUGAUACCAUUGAUCAAAUGAAUUUAAAUAUUGUUCCACCUAAUGACAUACCAUUGGAAUUUCCAGAAACACCAACAGAUGAUCCAUUGAAUACAGAAACAGAAGAAUUUAUAUCUUGCAAUCAGUUACAUAAAAUAAUGCUAAAAGAAGAUUUAAGAUUUUUAAUAAUUGAUGUCAGACCACGAACCGAUUAUGAAGUGUCACAAAUAGAUACACCUAAAUGUAUAAACAUUCCAGAAAAUGAAAUUGUAUUAGGUAAAACGGCAAGUCAUUAUGAAAAGAAUCUUGCAAAACAUACAGAAUGGAAAAUACUAUUUCGUAAUCGAGGAUCACGAUAUGUGGAUACACUAGUUUUAUUAGAUUGGAAAACUAAGAAAGAUUCAUUAGUAUCUUCUAGUCCUAUUAAUAUAUUUAAAGAGACAUUAUUAAAUUGGGAUCCAAGUAAUAAAUAUAAAAGGAUAGUAAUAUUGGAUGGUGGUUAUAAUGAAUGGUUAUCAAGGUAUCCUGCAUGUACAACGAAUCCUAAGAUUUCAAUUUCUCACUCAGAUGAUGUGGAUAAUGAUAUUAUGGAGGAUUUAGUGUUAGAUAGUUAUCCUAUAUUAAUGGAUAAGGAUGACGAUAAUAUUAUUAAAAAACAAACUCAAAUGAAAUCUAAUACUAUACAAGAUAAAGUUAAUAUUCAAAAUCUUUUGGAGGACAACAAUUUUGAAAGUAAAAUAAAUAGUACAUCAAAAUUUGCAACAUUGUCUAAUAAUAAUAUUAAUUUGUCUGUGCAUUCAUCGUCUGGAAAAACUACUAGCAUUUAUAAUAAAUCUACAUAUGAUGAGAUCAUAAAUCGAGACAAAAAUAGUCCUACCAAAUUAUUACAACAUAAUACAAUAACUAAACCAAUCAUUGAUAGAAGUAAUAAACCUACUUCAUUGAAGACGUCUGAUCCUAAUUCAAAAGAAGUGUUACGUUUAAUGAAAGAGUUAAAUGAAUCUGGUAGAAAAAUGGAAAAGUUAGAACAAAAGAUUUAUGAUACAGAAACAACUCUGUAUAAUCAAAAUAAAAGUUUUAAGGAAGAUACAACGAUACAUACAGAUUUGGAAUCAAUGAAUUCUGAACUUAACAUAUUGCAAACAGCUCAUAAUAUAAAUGAGAAAGAGUUGAGUAAAUAUAAAGAAGUAGGUAAGUUACAAUUUUCUAAUGAAGAUCAAGAAGAGAAACGUAAGCUUGAUUUUGAUCUUCUUAAAGUACGACAACGUUUGAAAGAUAUUAGUGGACAUAGAAAACGAUUGCAUGAAAGAUCUAUAGAAAAAGAUCAUAAAGAAGUAUUCAUUAAACAAAAUGACAAAGAUGUUCAUAUGGAACCUCUUAAAACUGAUGGUUCUAUCAGUACUGGUUUAGAACGUUCACAUUCUAGUCCAAAUUUAAUGCAAAUGAGAGAUCACAAAGCACCAGAAGUAGACAGAUCUUCUAAACCACAAAUUUCUUCACAAUACCAACAUAGUUUUAAUAAUGAAAUUAAUAGACUUCAACGAUUUAAUUGGGGAAGUAUUGAAGAAAAAUUGACCCCUAUACAUGGGAAUGUACAUCCAGGUAUAACUGGUCUAAAGAAUUUAGGUAAUUCUUGUUAUAUGAAUAGUAUCAUACAGUGCCUAAGUAAUACACCAAAGUUAUCAACAUAUUUCAUUGAUAAUUUAUAUGCUGACGAUUUAAAUAGAAAUAAUGAUAACAUUUCACAAACUCAAGUAGUAACAAAUGUUGCUGAAGUAAUCAAAGCACUUUGGACAGGACAAUAUAAAAGAAUAUCUCCACAUUGUCUUAAGGCUGCUAUUGGACAAUAUAAAGUUCAAUUUAAUAGUUACGAACAACAGGAUUCUCAUGAAUUUUUGACAUUCCUUUUAGAUUGGAUGCAUAGUGAACUUAAAAAGAAAAUAAAAAUACAAAUAAAUAAUAAAAUCACUACUGCUGAAAAGGAAUGGGAUAAAGCUAUGGAUUGUCAAGAAUCAAUUAUUUCUGAAUUAUUUUUUGGACAAUUAAGGUCAACUAUUACAUGUAGUUCAUGUCAAAAAGAUAGCACAACUUAUGAGACUUUUAAUAGCUUGACUAUGUCAUUGCCACAUACAAAUAGAUGUACAUUGGAUGAUUGCAUACAAAAAUUUGUAACAGGACAGAAAGUGGUUGGUUGGAAAUGUCCUAAAUGUCAAGCACCACGUGAAGCAACAAAAAAGUUUGAUUUUAUAAAACUUGCACCAAUCAUUGUGAUACAUUUAAAUCGUUUUGCUGAAAGUGGUGGUUGGCUUGAGAAAAGAAAUACUACGGUUGAUUUUCCUUUAAAAGAAUUUAAUUUAAAACCAUAUCUUAUUACGGAUCAUGAUGCACCUAUAAACAAUGCACGCUUUUGUACUUAUAAUUUAUACGCCAUGUCUAAUCAUUAUGGAACAAUGGAAGGUGGUCAUUAUACUGCAUUUUGCAAAAAUAGUAAUCAGAAUAAAUGGUAUAAGUAUGAUGAUCAAACUGUAACAGAAGUAUCACCGAGUCAAGUUAAAUCUCAGAAUAAUAGUGCCUAUUUACUUUUUUAUACAUCCUUAUCGAAUACAUACAUUUAGUACAAGGAUAGUAAAUUAAUUGUACAAAAGAUUUCGCUUGUUGAUGCUUUCUUUUGUUUGAAAAAGGAAGAAAUAUCUUUUUCAAAGUUAUGUAAAUUUUCAUUUUUUUGU